CGCACGCAACUUGAAACGUAGUGUUUCCGGGAGCACUUGAACGCAACAGGGGGGUGUUCGCUGAACUCGUGCUGAGCCCAAACAGCCUCCUACUACAACAAUGACGAGCGCGAGCGCGUCCCGGCUGCGUUGACUCCGAGCCGGACUCCCGUGGCGCUGCCGGUUCUUCUCCCGCGGACUGCACACCGGGUGAGUCUGCACGUGCGUCUUGUUUUGUUUGAUUUGAGAGUUUAUGAAACCGACGACGUCACCGGGUGGUCCACUCAGCUGAGCGGCUGUUGCGUGUCCCUGCAGCAGCGGGGUGCAGAUCCCCGCAUGCGCAGACCACCAUGAAGCACUAGUUGCCUGACUGCCCCCUCCCCCCCCCUCGCGUGUUCUGCCCUGCAGGGGGUCUCCAACGCGCCGGGACCAAUGGAGCUGGAGGAUCAGUGGUGGAAAGGACAACUCGCUGCAGACAUCUACCAGGCGCUGCGGUACAAGGAGCUCAAGCUGCCGUCCUACAAAGGCCAGUCCCCUCAGCUCAACCUGAGGCGAUACUUUGCGGACCUCAUCGCCAUCGUCAGCAACCGCUUCCGGCUGUGCCCCGCAGCCCGGCACCUGGGGGUCUACCUGCUGGACCUCUUCAUGGACCGCUACGACGUCACGGUGCAGCAGCUCCACAUGGUCUCCCUGUCCUGCCUCCUGUUGGCCAGUAAAUUUGAGGAACGGGAGGACCGGGUGCCCAAGCUGGAGACCCUGAACAGCCUGGGCUGCAUGAGCUCCAUGAACCUGGUCCUGACUAAGCAGGGCCUGCUCCACAUGGAGCUGCUGCUGCUGGAGACCUUCCAGUGGAACCUGUACCUCCCGACGGCCGCUCACUUCAUCGAGUACUACCUGUCCAUCGCCGUCCACGAGGGCGACCUGCACGACGGCUGGCCCAUGACCUGCCUGGGGAAGACCAAGCUGUACAUGGCCAAGUACGCCGACUACUUCCUGGAGGUUUCCUUGCAAGAUCACGGGUUCUUGUGUUUCUCCCCCUCGCUGGUGUCGGCGGCGUGCGUGGUCACCUCCCGCCUCGUCCUGCACCUGUCCCCGACAUGGCCGCCCCGACUGCAGCACCUCGCCGGCUACGCGUGGGAGAACCUGGUCCCGUGUGCCAAGAAGCUGCUCAUAGCUCAUGACGGUGACGUCAACGAGGCCAACAAGCUGAAGGGCCCGCAGCAGGGGGGGGGGCCGGCGCCGUACCACGCUGCGGACCAGACGGCCGCCGGGGCCCAGUACCUGCACCAGCCCAGCAUGCAGUAUCCCCAGCAGGCUCCGCCGCAGCCGGGCCCCGCCCCCCCGACCCACAGGCCCGCCUCCUACCUCGGCCACGCCCCCGCCGACCUGCAGGAUCCCAACGCCAACGCGCCGGCCACCGGCGCCUCGCAGGAUCCCAAGUCCAGCGUUCCCAACCGGGCGUACCAAGUCGGCGUGCAGUACGGCUGCGCCGCCCCCUGCUUCGACAGAUGAUGGACUUUCUCAGAAUAGAGUCCUUUUUUUUUGCCAGAAGAAGACAAAAGAGAUGUAGAGCUGUUCCUCUGGAACACAAUGCAACCAAAGAAGAAGAAAAGUGUUUUUAAUUUGGAGAGACUUGAUCAGAUUGGUACUGCACUUUGACCCACGAGGAGGACGCAGCGCGCAAAGCUACGCAACACGCACAAAGCUACGCGCACUAAGCUACGCGCACUAUGCAACAAGCGCUACGCAACGCGCACAAAGCUACACGCACAAAGCUACGCAACACGCGCAAAGCUACGCAACAUGCACAAGGCUACGCGCACAAAGCUACGCGCGCUAUGCAACAAGCGCUAUGCAACAAGCACUACGCAACGCGCACAAAGCUACGCGCACUAUGCAACAAGCGCUAUGCAACAAGCACUACGCAACGCGCACAAAGCUACGCGCACUAUGCAACAAGCGCUAUGCAACAAGCACUACGCAACGCGCACAAAGCUACGCGCGCUAUGCAACAAGCGCUACGCAACACGCGCUAUGCAACGCGCUGCAGUCCUCGUCUGGGUUCAGUUUGGGUUCCUGUUUGUUUGAGGGGUCGGGGGUCGAUGUCGGGGGUCGAUGUUGCAGCGAGAGGCAGAGUUUGCACCACUGUGUUGUGUCACUGUUUAAUUUAGCUACAGACCAAAAAGUCUAUUUAUUUGAGCCAAAUUACCUCAAAAGUAUUGAAUGUACGAAAUAGCGCCAACGCCUUCAGCCUGAAGGUUUACGGCCAGUUACAAGAAGAAGUGACUGUUUGUGGUUGAGGUUGGAGAGCACCGUGUUUGGAGGUGUUCUCUUCCUCAAACUUUUCCUUUUUUCUUUUUGUUGUUUUCUCUCUUUUUGUGAUUAGUGUCGUUUGUUUAAACUGAGGAGAAAGUCUCAAUUUGUUUGCGGAGGAAACGGUUGCUCUGCACCGAGGAUGUCAGUCAGUGCUGUGCACUUCCUUGAUAGUUUUAAAUAAAAUACAAAUCUGUGCUGGUUGGACUGAGAUCUUUGUCUAAUUUUCCACUUCCUCAAAAUUAAAAGAUCGACUCUG